AUGCGGUCCUUCAACGCUCAGCCCAUGUCUAUUGCAGCCUUCUCUGGAGUAUCAAAACCGUCUGCCCCGCUAACGUCUUCAUCCAUCGGUGUUUCUUUGUCUGCAGAUAAGGGUAUUUUUGGCCUUAAUGCUCCUACAAACGACAAUGCAAAACGGGAGGUGCAGGGGCCGUGCAGCCAUCAACAGCAGAUAGACAUUCCUCAAUCUCUUCAUCUUAUGGCACAGAAGGGCAGGCUUGUCGACGUUUUCAGCUCUCUUCUUAAUAUCUACGCCUCAUCUUACCAGACCCCUCUCUCCGGCUUCUUUUACGAUGAGCUUGCCUCUAAAAAGGAUCCUCCACCUGCGCCUCUCACGACAGGCCUUAGCGGGUUUGGUUCUGGCUUCGGAAGCUUCUCCAAACCCGGUUUUGGGGCUCCACCGGCCCCGCAACCUCCCUCUGCCGACCCCAACGUUCCACCGUAUAACGAUGAAAAGCUCUGGCUGGAGGCAAGGCGGUGCUGCCCUGACUGCACGCGAUACUCCCCCGUCCUCGUGUACGGGUUUGAACAGCUGGCUGCACGGGCAGCUGCACACACCACGACGCUACAAGAGAUAAAGAAAGAUAUGGAAUCUAUUUACCAAGAAACAGAUAAAGUGCUAGAUAAUAGUAAGAAGCUCAAAGAGCUGUCUAAGAAGUCAACGCUGUUAAUUUUCUCCAUAGGGUCCAGAUUAGAGGAGCAAACGGGGAUACCAAUAACGCACGAGCUUGCAUGUAAGAAAAUUAACCAAUCCCUAGAAUCACAAUACGGAGAUACACUGCGUAGCCGCUUUCUGUUACUGAAGGAGGUUCUAGACGGGGAUAAGGACAAAGUGGAAAAGGACUUUAUGGCCAGAUACCCUGCUCUUAAAGAUCCGUCCAUAGUAAAGCAAAUUGGUGAGCACUUGUCAGUUCAGGCCAAGAUCUUAAUGACAAUAGGGGUAAAGAUACAGCAGAUCAUGCGCUCGAAACGUUAA